AUGAGAAAUGUUCAGUCCUUCUUCUCACGCCUGCUACUCCGCUACCAUGAAACCCCCGAGGGUCAACCAGACGAGACCGAACUCGUUACGAUAACUAAGCCCGAAUCUCUCCGUUCGGAAACACCACAGAUCUUCGAGAAUGUUACUUUGGCGGUAGAAGAGCGCUUGAGCGACGAAGAGACAGAAAUAAAUGCAGUCAAACCACAAAAGCCUCGCUGGAUCGUUGGCGUCAGCCUCUGCGCGAAGGCCUCAGCCCUGGUGCUGUUGGUCAACGUGCUCUUCUCGCCAUCGCUGCCGGAUUGGCCAGGAAAUACCCAGAAAACGGCGGAUUUUCAAGCUCAGCAAUCUUUUAUGAGGGAAGCUGCACGUUGA